CCCACAGAGGUCUACCUGCAAGACUCCUUCAAGCCGCUGGUCUGCAUCUCCCCCAGCGCCAGCCUCUUCGACGCCGUCACGUCCCUGAUCCGCCACAAGAUCCACCGCCUGCCCGUCAUCGACCCCGACUCGGGCAACACGCUCUACAUCCUCACCCACAAGCGCAUCCUCAAGUUCCUCAAGCUCUUCAUAACGGAGGUCCCAAAGCCCGAGUUCAUGGCCAAGACGCUGGCGGAGCUGCAGAUUGGCACGUACAGCAACAUCGCCGUGGUGCGCACCAGCACGCCCAUCUACGUGGCCUUGGGCAUCUUCGUGCAGCACCGCGUGUCCGCCCUGCCCGUCGUCGACGACUCGG